GCCAGACCCAGACUCUGGUCCUACCCCAUUCUGACUUUGGAGUUUUAUAUUUGGAGGCCUUCUACUGAUUGGUCAUUAAUCCAGUGAGUUAUUGUCUGCUAAACAGAGGUCAUUGGGAGAGAGACAUCCAAUCAGUCAGGAGAGACCCUUCCUGCAGGCCACUCAAAGUAGACUGCGCCCUUCCCCUUCGGCCAGCCAGUCACUCUCUUCCUCCUUCCCCCAGCAUCCUUCCCCAGCUGCCCAGGGUUCACAGUCUCUCCCUGCCCCUCCCCUCUGCCUCUCCAUCCUGGCUACCUUGGUCUCUACACCGAUAGGGGUGGGGUUUUCCAGGGCUAAACUUAUAGAUGUCCCUGAUUCAGAAACAGGUCUUUUUUGACCAGAGAGCCUGCCUGCUGCUAAUUGUGGUCCCAUUAGUAUUAGUUUUAGGGGUCUUCCAUUGGCACCUAGGAGACUUUACAGAUCCUUAUGAUGUUCUUUCUUCUUUACCCGCUCUUAGUCUGAGGCGGGGUUGGAAACAGCCUGGAUUUUCUUUUCUUUUCUCAUUGGGGCAGGCUUUCUCCCACCCCCUCCCUCCAAGUUCUCAUCAGCUGCAUCUACACUGGCCUUGGGGAAAGCGCUCAGAUCUCCUUCCCAUGUUUCUUUGUUCCUUCCUACUCAAGCAUUUUUAGGGAGCCAGGGACUAGGGAAACAAAUGUCUACUCUACAAAGCCAUCUUCAUUAACAACACCUUCCUCCAUUUACAAACCUAAAGCUUUAAAACUUCAUUAGUAUUGAAGAGGAGAUGGAAAUGUGUGAACUUUAAAGUAGUCACAAAGUUGGACCGCUACACCAGAAAAGAGCCUGGGACCAGGGACCAGGGACAAAGGCAAGCAAGAAGCAAAUUGCUAAAUUCUAGCUGCAGCUCUAGCAGGGUCAGAGGAGUUUUCUGCUGCUUAGGCUCAGAAUGGGAUCCCUGGUCCCCAGAAGACUGAGGGCACAAGUUGGUUUUAAAGGAGCCAGCCCCGUUUGUCCUAUCGAGAUAAUUUUUUGUUUGUUCUUUGUUGAAUUUCUUUGGGGGGCGGUGGAGUGGGUAGAGAUAAUCGCACUGAGGUUCACAGGGGUGGGUAUUCAGCGGUCAGCCACUCAAAGAUGGCUUACAAAGCUCUUACUCUCCUGAUGCUGUGUACCUAGCAGAAGUUGUGGAAGAGAGUACAGAGCUACCAUCCUGUCCCUACAGAGACAGAAAGGAUGCUUGUGAAGGGGAAUGCUCUCUUCCAUUUUUGUUUAACACAUUAGUUUUUGCCUCUCUCGGUUCACAUUGGGCUGUCUGUCUCAUUCUUUGCACUUUUCCUCUUCUUACUCUCUCUUUCUCCUUCCACCCUCCCACAAAGUUACCAAGUUCUCUGAGCCCAGGAGGAAAUUGUUCCCCAUUUGCCCAUCUCAAACUACCCCUAAAUCAUGGCGUAUAUCUUGUCAGUCCGCAGAGACUACCCUCAGAUCCUUCGGAAAGUCCUCUGCCCCAAGCUCCUCACUCCAGCUCCCCCCAACCCCUGCCCGUCCAGCCUUUGUCUCUUCAGUUUGCAAAGACACUUAAACCACUACCACCAUUCUGAAUGGAACAAACUCUCCCCGAACCUAACCACCUCUGUUCCUUGUCACCUCCCAGCUUCUUGUCUGGCAGCUCCCUGUAGUCCCGGGGACAGGAGAAAGAUAAGAAACCAAACAAGUAUCUAAUUGUCUCUCAAAUGUUGAUCAUGAGACCUUGGAUUCAACUUCUACCACAUUUGGAGGUGCAUAUCCUCUGGAAUUUUUUCCCUGCUUCUUUCCUGGCACCUAGAUGCCCCCCUUUGCUUGCAUCCCUGGAUAUCCCUCUUUCUGGGACCACCAGGGGUGAAGAAGGCUUGGGAAGAGAGGUCUUUUGCUUCCUCCAAGCUCUUUCCCACCGCCCCAGUGCAGUCCGUCCAGGCCGCUGUUGUGGCUGGCAGCAGUGCUUAGGUGACAUGUAGGCUCUUUUGUUAUCCCUUUAGGCAAAGCCGCGAAGUCCCAAAGGUGACCACGUUUCUUCUCCAUGCCACAACAACUAUCUCUAGCCAGUGGUGGUAGCUUUUAGAAGAGCUGAAGAGUCUGAAGUACAUUUUUUUUAAAUCUCUUUAUUUGUGGGAAGUAGAAGAGAUGGUCUGCGAUUUAAAUUUGCUGAAGCCUCUGGAAGUCUCCCCUGGCCUGAGCUGCUGACCCACCAGACCUCAAAUUCUUUGGCAUCUCCCUCUGUAGAUCUCAUAUCACAGUUGUUGGAUAGCAGGGCAGUCAGUACUCAGGAGGCUCUUGGCUUGAGCCCCAACACUUCAUUAAUUUUUUGUCUUGAUACUACUAAUAAACACAGCAAAUUGGCUCCCGGAUUUCUCUACUUACCCUCUCAACUCCCACCUUCCUCUAGUCACCAACUCUGGGGAGGCAGUAGGAUCCCAGGUAGCACAUCUAGGGCUCUGCUUGUGACUCCUGUUGCUGCAGGGUAUAGAAAAAAAAAACCCACAGGUCCCUUCUGUAUCACAGGGCCCCAGAAAAACCAGUUGUUCCAGCCCAUUUGGCCUAUUUUGAUGGGCUUAGAAACAGUGGGGCCCUAAGCCAAGGGCCGGCUCCUUUACCACCCCUAAAGAAGAGCCUUGGGGGGAAGGUAAGAGAGCUAUUGCUCCUGGGAUACCAUGGCAUCCUCUCUGGAGGGGAAACAAUAGCUGGAGACCUCUCACCUUUGUUCCCCUGUCCCAUGCCUGUCCUGGUUUAUCCAGGUGGGAGAAGGCAAAGAAGUGCCCUAAUCGGAAAAGCACAGGCUCCUGGCUGGAUCUGCCGUCCGUACAGAAAAGAGACACCGGCUGCCUUCUGUGUCAUCCCCCUAACUCAGCAGUUAGGCAGCCUGCAGGCACUCCAGCCUGUAGAAUUGGCCUGGGCUCUUUUUGUCUUCUUGCCUCUACUGCCAAUGACUCUUUCCCCACCCCCUGGCCCAAAUUUGCAGACACCUACAUUCUUGGCUCCUGUCUUCCUCCUACAAGCCUCCUACUUGCUUUUGCCUGCCCUGUUCAAACACACCCUAAGAAAACUUUCAGCUUUUGUAGCUCCUUUACUAGGGCCAAGAGUCAUAAGGCUUGCCGAGCAGAGCAGACCGAGGUGGUGGUGGUGGAGAAACAGAUUGUUUCUGAGUAGUGACGAUCAUCCUCCAUCCCAUCUGCCAGUACAUUCAAAAUGAAGCUGUUCCUUCUGGAGUUCUCAUCUUCUUUGGAGUCCAAAUGUCCUUUUCACUCCUUAGCCCCUUCUGCCCAUCCUGAGGAGGGGAGAUUUCUCGCCUGCCGCUCGCGCUGGGGCUCGAUGUGAAUAUAUAUUAUGUCUGCCUGUUCUCCCCUCGUCGGUGGCUAAGGUCAGCCGCUUGGAACAGACCCGGGAGGAGGGGGGCAGAAAGGGGAGGGGGGUCCGGCGUGUCACGUGACCCCCAGGGGUGCCAAUGUCCGGUCGUGAGGGUAUCAGGCCCUUGCAAGUUGCCACCCACUGCCCGGGCCUCGCCCAGCGAUGCAGAAAGCCACCUACUACGACAACACCGCAGCUGCGCUCUUCGGAGGCUACUCCUCGUACCCUGGCAGCAAUGGUUUCGGCUACGACGGGCCUCCCCAGCCCCCCUUUCAGGCCGCCACGCACCUGGAGGGUGACUACCAGCGCUCAGCUUGUUCCCUGCAGUCCCUGGGCAAUGCCGCCCCCCAUGCCAAGAGCAAGGAGCUCAACGGCAGCUGCAUGAGGCCAGGCCUGGCCCCAGAGCCCCUGCCCGCACCUCCGGGCUCACCCCCACCCAGCGCCGCACCUACCAGUACCACUAGCAACAGCAAUAACGGGGGCGGGCCCAGCAAAAGCGGUCCCCCCAAGUGCAGUGCCGGCUCCAACUCCACCCUCACCAAACAGAUAUUCCCUUGGAUGAAAGAGUCAAGGCAAACGUCCAAGCUGAAAAACAGCUCCCCCGGCACAGCAGAAGGUUGUGGUGGCGGCGGCGGCGGCAGUGGUGGCGGCGGCGGCAGCGGCGGCGGCAGCAGCGGCGGGGGCGGCAACGGCGGCGGGGGAGGGGACAAGAGCCCCCCGGGGUCGUCGGCGUCCAAGCGGGCGCGGACGGCGUACACGAGCGCGCAGCUGGUGGAGCUGGAGAAGGAGUUCCACUUCAACCGGUACUUGUGCCGGCCGCGCCGGGUCGAGAUGGCCAACCUGCUGAACCUCAGCGAGCGCCAGAUCAAGAUCUGGUUCCAGAACCGUCGCAUGAAGUACAAGAAAGACCAGAAGGCCAAGGGGCUGGCCUCAUCCUCCGGGGGUCCCUCUCCGGCCGGAAGCCCCCCGCAGCCCAUGCAGUCCACGGCCGGCUUCAUGAACGCCUUACACUCCAUGACCCCCAGCUAUGACAGCCCGUCUCCACCAGCCUUCGGCAAAGGCCACCAGAAUGCCUACGCGCUGCCAUCCAACUACCAGCCCCCUCUCAAGGGUUGCGGCGCCCCACAGAAGUAUCCCCCGACCCCGGCGCCGGAGUAUGAGCCCCACGUCCUCCAAGCCAACGGGGGCGCCUACGGGACGCCCACCAUGCAGGGCAGUCCGGUGUACGUGGGCGGGGGUGGCUACGCGGAUCCGCUGCCGCCCCCUGCCGGCCCCUCCCUCUACGGCCUCAAUCACCUUUCCCACCACCCCUCGGGGAACCUGGACUACAACGGGGCGGCCCCUAUGGCCUCCAGCCAGCAUCACGGACCCUGUGACCCUCACCCCACGUACACAGACCUCUCCUCUCACCACGCACCGCCUCAGGGUAGAAUCCAAGAAGCGCCCAAACUGACACACCUGUGAUGGGAGGGCCGGGCUGGGGAGGGGGGGUGAGGUUAAGGGCCAGGGAGACGGUGGAACUGGGGGAUGGGCGCGGCUUGGAGUCCUGAAAGUGGUGUGCGUUUGGGGUGGCCGCCAGGGUUUCCAGAAACACAACAGGCCUGGGGUGCCUUCCCUGCUCCCAGGCCCGAGGGGCUGUCAUUUUUAAGUCCUCUAUGCCUGGUUCCAUCUGCCUGCCAACAACCCUUGGAAAGGAAUACACAGCAGGUUGGAGACGGACCACAUCAAUCCCAGGGUUCCCAGGGUUCCAGCACUACCAAGUUGGAAUUUCAGAUUGGAGAGGUGAAGUGGAGGUAGAAGGAGCCAACAUAGGCAAGCAGGGCAGAGAAGCACAUUCAAAACUUAAUGGCUUGGCUAUCAUCAAGCAAUCAACUUACCUUGCAUCUCUGUGGCUAAUUUCCCCCAAAUCUUGAUUUUUUUUUUUUUGUUCUCCUUUUCAGUUUCCUUAUGAAAAAUAAGAAAACACAUUUAAAUCGAAGGGCACAAAGUACGUUUCUCUCCUACUUCCCUGAAGCUUCAACUUGCCCCCCAUCAGUAGGCUUCUUGUUAUGGCCAUCAUUUCUAGUAGCCCUAUGGUUUUCUGCUCUAAGGACAUUCAUAUCUACACCCCACCCCCAUUGAUUACAAUUUUCAGAGGGCUCAGGGAUGGUAAGAUAUCCUGAAAGUCAGAGCUGCCUAUAAUAUAAAUAAAUAUAUAUUUUUUUCUUUUAAGGAAAAGUUAAGAGGCUAAGGCAGGCAAGCUGUCAGGAUUGGAAGCUUGCCCGCUCUAUAGCCUCUCAGCUCCCACCCCAUCCCACUCUCACCAUGGAAAGCUCUCCACUUCCCUUUGACUUCUGUUAUUCUCUUGACUUAACGUGAAAACAGGGUAUAUUUGAACAAACUGACUGUCCUAGGCAGGUGCUGCAGCUGGGCCUGUGUACCUUGCUCCAGUUCCUGACAGGACAGUCUUGUUGCACUUGGAGUUUACAUUUUAAUGGAUAUUAAAAAAAAAAAAAAACAACUGUGAGAGAUGUCUGGGCCUGCAGAAAGUCCAGCUUCCCUCAAAAAGUGUGUGUUCUAGUGAACAUUUUCAUAUAUAUUUAUUGGUUAUAGCCUGUUAAAAUAUUUUCUUUUUUUUUUGUAUUAUUUAUCCCCCUACAUUAUGUAUUUAUAUGAGGGACAGAAAAAAAAAAAAAGGAAAAGUACUUUUUUAGUAUUUACUUGUUAUAAAGGAUGUUGUGUUUCCUGUCAUGUAAAACCAGCUAUUUUAGUUUUUAUUGUAUUCUAGACAAGAGCUGUAGAUUUAUGUUAAAGUCGUACUUAUGAGCAAUUGUAAUUAGUUCUAAAAGGCAUGAACUCAGCUCCUAAAUGUCACUGUAUAGUCCUGAAUUUGUAGAGAUAAGAAGUUAAAUUCUCUCUUGGAACUUUCGUUGUUCUUCCGUAGUUAUUUUUUCCCUUAGUUAAAAGAGUUGUCUGUCAAAACAAUUCUUGAAUAAACUUUCUGUUAUCAAUUUUA